UGAUUAGAAUCUUUUUUUAAAUGUAAACACAUCAUAAAGCAAGUAAUAAGAGAACAACAACAACAAGCAACGCAAUCAAUUCCGUUUGUUUAUUUAUAAACUCAGUGCAAUGGCAUCUCUGCAUUUUUGUUACUCGUGACACUGUGUCAUGUUUUUAAUGGAGAGCGAAUGAGAGAGACAUGACAGUAACUUGAGAAACAGCUGAUAGACGAACAACCACACAUAGGAAAACGUCAAAAACAAAAAAAAAAGAAUUUUUUUACUUGUGAAGAAAUAAAAAGAGAAAAAACGCAAAGAAAUAUAUACGCAAAUAAUGGAUGAGCAGCAGCAGCAAUAGAAACAAGAAACACCUCUCGCAGGAUUUACUACCGCCCGCAGUAAACGGAGAACAAGUAAAAUAAGAGCAGCAAAAACGAAAAGAAAAAAACACGAAAACAUUGAUUUUUGCAGAACACCUAAUUGAACAUCACAAGAAGGAAAUAAUUGAAGCAGCCAGUAGUGGAAAAGAAAAAAGUGUGUGUGUUGUGUAAAACGGCCGAGAAAAUAACAAGAAAAAUCUAUAUUCGUUCUUUGAAGCGACGACAAAAUGGAUAAGAAAGGUUCAGGUGAACCACGUAUACUGAAAAAGAAGCAUUUUCGUGUCAAACACCAAAAGGUGAAGCUAUUCCGGGCCAAUGAGCCCAUACUCAGUGUCUUGAUGUGGGGUAUAGAUCACACAAUUAACGAACUGAGCCAUGUGAAUAUACCUGUGAUGCUGUUGCCGGACGACUUCCGGGCCUAUUCCAAGAUUAAAGUCGAUAAUCAUUUGUUCAACAAGGAGAACAUGCCCUCGCAUUUUAAGGUUAAGGAAUAUUGUCCAUUGGUAUUUCGCAAUUUGCGCGAACGCUUUGGCGUCGAUGAUGUUGACUACCGCGAGUCGUUGACCCGUUCCCAGCCAGUACGCAUUGAUUCGUCGGGUAAAUCGGGUGCGCAGUUCUAUGAGAGCUACAACAAGUUCUUCAUCAUUAAAAGUUUGACCUCCGAGGAGAUCGAACGCAUGCAUGCAUUUCUAAAACAAUACCACCCCUAUGUGGUGGAACGUCACGGCAACACCUUGUUGCCCCAGUACUUGGGCAUGUAUCGCAUCACCGUCGAAAGUGUGCAGUAUUAUUUUGGUGUGAUGCGUAAUGUCUUCAGUUCCAGUCUGACCAUACACAAGAAAUUCGAUCUGAAGGGCAGCACCGUGGAUCGUGAGGCUUCCGAAAAGGAGUUGGAAAAGCCAUUGCCAACAUAUAAAGAUAAUGAUUUCAUUAAGCAAAAGGUACGUAUCGAGAUUGGUGAAGAGGCCAAAAAGAAACUAAUGGAUGUGCUGAGCAACGAUGUGGAGCUGUUGACAAAACUACACAUAAUGGACUACUCACUGCUGGUAGGCCUGCAUGAUUGUGUACGCGCCGAGGAGGAGGAACUGCAGGGUGGGGGUCCUCAGAGUGCUGCUGGACGCAGCGAGAACAGUGAAAGUGAGGAGGGCGACAGCGGCGAGCGAUGGACCUAUAACACACCGCCCGAUUCGCCACGAUGUGCCCAGUACAAGGAGGUGGUCUACGAGGUGGAUAAGUAUGCAAUUCCCAGUAUUGAAGAGAGACGCGAGAUUUACUUCAUUGCCAUUAUCGAUGUGUUGACUCAGUAUGGCGUCAAGAAGCAGGCAGCCAAGGCUGCCAAAACCGUAAAGUAUGGCAGUAAUGUUGAUGGUAUUUCAACAUGCGAUCCAGAACAAUAUGCCAAAAGAUUUCUUGAUUUCAUGGAUAAGGCCAUAGAAUAAAAAAAAAAACGUAAUCGUAACGUAAUAAUAAUAAUAAUAAUAACUAACUACUAUUACUCUUAUUUACUGUAUUUAUAACUUUAACGACGAGACAAGAAAACAACUCACAACAACAAGAAAAAAAAAAAAACAAAACAAUUAUUAUUAUAAAAUAAAGAAAGAAAAGAAUAUGAAAAACCCAUUUAA